UGUUGAUGUUCCGCCAAAGUAAAUUUGCCGUCAGUUGUUUUACAAACGUUCACGACACCAGAACACGAAACGCGGUCCACGCGCAGUGAAGUCAAAUAAUUUUGUUUGUCAAGAUUCGCAAAUAGUUCUCUAUCGGUUAAUUUCUUUUUUUUUUGUUGUGGUAUUUAAAAUUCUUGCGCAUUAUUGCGAUUGAUCUACUUUAUGUGUGCAUGUACUGGGUGAAAAUGUUUUUCGCUAAAUACCUUAGUGACAAGUUAAAUGAAAUAGUGGACUUUAUAUAAUACGAUUACAUUACAGUCAUCAAUGAACAAAAUGAAAUGCGAAUAAAAUUGUUCAAAUACUCGGUUUCUACAGAAUAGCUAAGUGGAAAAUAGCAAUACGCGAUAAUCCCUAUAGUUACUACAGAUUUUGAGAGCCAAGAACGCAAUGCACGACCGGAAGUAACUGCAUUCCUCAAUUAAGCCAUCCACUCAUUGCACAAUGACAAUUUAAAGUAAAAGUAAACAAAAUACUAUUUGAGCAAAACUCUGUUCCACUGCCAGAAACAUUAUUGAUAUGGACCGCAAAGAACGCACACACAAACAUAGUGGAUCAUUCAAGUAAUUAAAACCGGAAAUAUAUUACAACUGAACAAGCAACAAUAAGGAAUAAGGGGAAUACCAAUUGUUAACGAUGAUAGGCGGUAGUGCGGAAGUUGACAUUUCUAGAGCAACUAUAACGCCAUUGCCCAUGGUGACGGGGCAACAACAGCCAAAAGCGACGCCCAAGCAAAUGCGCAAAAGUAAACCCAGUCAAACAGGCAUCUUGGCCCGCAACAACAACGGUGACGAUGGUGGUAAUGGAGGAGGAGUGGCCGCAUCCACCAAGACGGCAAGGACAGGUGUCGAGCAGCGAAGUAGUCGCGGCGAGAAAUGCUUAACUGUGCCGCCCAGCGGGCACGAGAAUGCUGGUGCUUUCAACGGAAUUGAGAUAUAUCUUGGCCUGAUCGGUUGGCGUAAAAAAUGUUUGUACACAUUGCUUUUGCUACUAAUGCUUCUGAUUAUUACAAACUUGGUGCUGACUCUGUGGAUACUCAAAGUGAUGGAGUUUUCAACGGAGGGCAUGGGUCAACUGAAAAUAGUUCCCGGUGGCAUCCAACUCACAGGUCAGGCGGUUAUUAUGGACAUGCUACGCGCAUCCACAAUACGCUCGCGGCACGGACAGCCGAUAUCGAUAGAAUCCUCACGUAAUUUUUCCAUCAAUACACGUGACUCAAACGGUGUGCUCGAAAAUCAUUUAUUCUUGGGGCAUGAUAAGUUUGAAUGUCUGUCAGCGGGAUUUCGCAUCAACGAUACCACCGGACGAAAUUUAUUUUCUGUAAAUCGAAAUGAAGUCACUAUCGGCGCGCACACGCUGCGCAUCGAAGGCGAGGGUGGCGCCAUCUUCCGCGAGUCCAUACAAACGCCGCAUGUGCGUGCUGAGCCGGGCCGAGAGUUAAGGCUAGAGUCGCCGACACGUCAAUUAGAAGUAAUGGCCUCCAAAGAUAUCAAUUUGCAAUCACGAGCCGGCGGCAUUGAAUUGCUAGCUCUGGAGGACGUUAAGUUGCGGGCACUCGAUGGCAGCCUACGUUUGGAGUCAUCGAAAAUACUAAUGCCCAAUUUGCGCACGGCACAGCCACCAAUUCUCGGCUCCGGCCAGAGCCGGGAUCACAUGCAUCGAGUCUUCCAGUUGUGUGCUUGCUUCAAUGGAAAGCUGUUUCUGGCGGCGCCACAUUCAAUAUGCGCCGGUGACGAUUCAACGGUUUGCAGAUGAUUGGUUAAGCUGCAAAUACUAAAUUUGUGAGAGUAGACAAAUGCUCGAUAUCAAAAAUUAAAUCCACUGGUACUGCAAAAAACAAAAAAAAAAAAGAAAAAAAA